CCCGUCGCAAUGAAAGAGGAAGAGACCUUCACCACCACCUGCGCGGCUGGUUCUGCACUGGUGGGGAAUUCAAUUCAUGUUUUCACGUUUUUUGCUCCAUCCGCCAACCUUGGCUGCAUGACUAUACUGAGUGUAUCAUUGACACCAUACCACUUUGGUCGGAGGGCCCGAACUGGCGCAAGCGGUGACUUUUUUGGAUCCAAUCUUUAUUAAAUCCACUCCUCCUCCCCGCGAUCCGUGGAUUCCCUCCUCCCGCCAAACAACACAUUAUCACCAGCUGGACUGCAAGGAGAACGAAGACGAUUCAUGACCCCCUUUCUCCCAUAUCCUCCCAAUAUUCGCAAGUGUCGAUAAUUCAGAGUCAUGAUGUCCCAACCGCAAAUCGACAGCGACGGCUUUCACCUUUUCCAGGUUGCCGGCCUGGAAUCCCCCACCAUAACAAACCCAACGGGCACAAGAGAGGAGAUCGUACUAGCAUCAUGGAUAAUCCUGCUGCUGCAAUCCUGCGAAGAGGGCCGAGUCUGCUUCCAAUGGUCCUAUGCAGGCGCUGGGCCAUCAUCACUGUCGACAGAGCAAGUAAUGCCGGGAUUGCAGACUCCUGUCGGCCAGGUUUCCGCUGCUAUCGCCCAACAUAUCGCCAAAGCCACGUCAGGUCAAACGCCGUCAGCACCUGCAUCUCUCUUACUAAGCACUGGCUCGUUGUCACAGACGUCGGAAGAUGUUAAGGAUGAUGGCCUGAUUCACAUUGAACUCGGUUUCGAGAGCGGAAACCUCAAAAUCCGACCCGUAUGGCAAUCGGCGAAUGUGCUAGACUUCACGGUGAAAUUACAUGUCACGAAAUUGGCCGAGCUGAUCCAACGAUGCCUCAACCACCCCGAAAGCUCCAUUGAGGAUUGUCUCCGGGCGACCACAUCCGAUCUGGACGAGAUCUGGCACUGGAACCACGAGUUACCACCCACCUACAGCUUCUGCACACACGAGAUGGUGACGGAAUGGGCACAGAAAGCCCCGGAAAGCGAGGCCAUUGCCUCUUGGGACGGCAACCUGACCUAUGCCCAGGUCGACCGGUACUCCACGCACGUGGCGUGGAAACUCAAGGAGAUGGGCCUCCAACUGGACGACAUCCUGCCCAUUUGCUUCGAGAAGUCCCGCUGGACGAUUGUGGCAGUGUUAGCGGCCAUGAAGGCCGGUGCGACCUUCGCGCUCAUGGAUCCCACACUCCCCCUGGCUCGUCUCCAGAAUAUGGCCCAGCAGGUGGGCGGCAAGAUGAUGCUGUCUUCCCGCAAGCAGCAUGAUUUGGCGACCUCAAUUCUGCCGGGAGGGCCUGUUCUUGUCGUGGAGGAGGACACUUUCCGGAACUUUGAUCUCAAUCAGGAUCUUCCCGCACUACCAACGGUUCCCCCGACCACGCUCAUGUAUAUCAUCUUCACCUCCGGCAGUACGGGUACUCCAAAGGGUGUCACGAUCUCCCACCAGACCUACACGAGCAGUGCCAUUCCCCGUGCCAAAGCCGUGGGAUAUACUGAGGAAUCCCGCGUGCUGGAUUUCGCCUCCUACGCCUUCGACGUCAGUAUCGAUAGUAUGCUGUUGACUUUGAGCAACGGUGGCUGUCUAUGCAUUCCCUCGGAUGAAGACCGACUCAACGAUAUUAACGGAGCGUUCCGACGGAUGCGAAUCAACUAUGCGGGUUUGACCCCGUCGGUGGCGCGAAUUCUGGAUGCAGAUGUGAUUUCGUCACUGAGUGGUCUCGGCCUAGGUGGCGAGGCCGUCUCCGCGCGGGAUGUGAAGCUGUGGGGACAGGACACCCGCAUCAUCAUCGGUUACGGACCAUGCGAAUGUACAAUUGGAUGCACGGUGAACAGCAGCGCGGCCACCGGCAGAGACUACAUCUCGAUUGGACCUGGCAACGGUGCCGCGAUGUGGAUCACGGAUCCCAACGACCACGACACUCUCAUGCCCGUCGGCGCUGUCGGUGAGCUACUUGUUGAGGGUCCCAUUGUCGGUCAAGGCUACCUCAACGAUCAAGAGAAGACGGCCACAGUCUUCAUCGAGGAUCCUAAGUGGCUUGUUGCGGGUCACAACGGUUACGCUGGUCGCCACGGCCGUCUGUACAAGACGGGCGAUUUGGGGCGGUACGAUCCAGACGGCUCGGGUGGCAUUGUCUUUGUCGGACGCAAAGACACGCAAGUCAAAUUACGUGGGCAGCGCGUUGAGCUCGGCGAGAUCGAGAGUCAGCUCAAGGACAGGCUUCCUUCGGAGGCCAAUGUGAUCGCUGAGGUGAUCGUACCGCAGGGAUCGGGAGGCCAGGCUACAUUGGUCGCGUUCGUGGCGUUCCAGUCCCCCAAAGGACAGGAGCAGAGUGACCUGAGCCUGGUGGAGCUGACGGAUGAGCAACAAAAGACGCUUUCCGAGGCCAACGCCGAUGUGGCCAAGGUCCUGCCGCGGUACAUGGUGCCCACUGUCUAUAUCCCCGUGAACUACAUCCCAGUAUUGAUCUCCAGCAAGACGGAUCGCAAGAGACUCCGACAAUUUGGCACCACGGUAGACAUUCGGCAGCUGGACCAAGGCGCGCAGACGAACGGCGCUAGUCGGGAGUUGACGGACCUUGAACAGCGCUUGCGCCAGGCUUGGAGUGUGGUAUUGACACAGGAGGCAGAAAGCAUUCGGGCCGAGGACAAUUUCUUUGCUCUUGGAGGCGACUCUGUUAAGGCGAUGAGACUGGUAUCCGUCUGUCGCGACCAUGGCCUCGACCUCACCGUGGCCAACACUUUCGGCCACCCUACCCUUGCCGCAAUGGCAGAGGUUGUUCAAAUCUGCGACACACAAGCACGCACGGAGUUGCCGCCGUUUUCGAUGAUUUCGCAGGAUGUCGAGAGCGCCUGUCGCGAAGCAUCUGCUGCGUGCGGGGUUGAUGCGGCUGCGGUUGAAGAUAUUUAUCCAUGCACACCCACCCAGGAGUCUCUGUUUACAUUCUCGCUGAAAUCAGUCAAGCUGUACGUUGCACAGAGAGUUGCCCGCAUCCCGUCACACAUCGACCUCGAUUCUUGGAAGAAGGCCUGGGAGGAAGCCGUGGCUGCCAAACCCAUCCUGCGUACGCGGUUGGUGCAGCUGCAAGAUCCCGGUCUCCAGCAAGUGGUGCUUAAGGGAAACAUUACCUGGAAGCAUGCGACAGACCUAAAACAGUACCUGGAAGACGACCGUGAGGAGAGAAUGAAUCUGGGAGAAAGUCUGGCACGCUACGCAAUUGUGGACGACGCCAAUGAGGGCAGACACAUGGUCUGGACGAUCCACCACGUUGUGUACGAUGGUUGGUCCGAGCCACUGGUGUUGAAGGAUGUCAGCGAUGCGCUGAGCGCUAAGCAGAUCGAGCCACAGGCACAGAUGCGUGAUUUCGUCAAGUACGUGCACGAUACGGAUGCAACUGCUAUGAACGAAUUCUGGAAGCGGGAGUUGCAGGGCGCCGUUGGUCCUCAGUUCCCCCGUCUGCCCUCCAGAGACUUCAUGCCCACACCCGAUGCUUUUAUCGAGCAUAUAAUUCCGCUGAAGACUGCCGAUAAAUGGCCGUUCACCAUGGCUACUCUGAUCCGCGGUGCCUGGGCGCUUGUGGCCGCGCAGUACUCUGGAAGUGACGAUGUUGUCUUCGGUGAGACGCUCACUGGUCGCGAUAUUGCUCUGCCGGGCGUUGAGAGCAUUAUCGGUCCUUUGAUCGCGACACUUCCCGUUCGCAUCCACGUCAGUCGUACGAGCACAGUUGAAUCCUAUCUUCAAGCUGUGCAACAGACAAUUUUGGCUCGUGUCCCCUAUCAACAUAUGGGCAUGCAGAACAUCCGCAAGGUCAGCCAUGAUGCCCAGCACGCAUGCGAGGCCGGUACUGGCUUGGUUGUUCAGCUAGAACCGGAAUAUGUGGGUAGUGAUCUAGGCUUCCAAGUGGGAGAUGUCGUUCGAGAAGCCCUCCACUUCAAUCCCUAUCCGCUCAUGCUGGGAUGCGCUGUGCGCAAGGGUGGCUUCCGGAUUUGUGCUAGUUUCGAUGGCAGCUUGAUCGAAGUUGCGCAGAUGAAGCGGAUGCUUGUGCAGCUGGAAGUGGCCUGUGUCGAGUUGACCAAGGGUCUGCAGCGGCGUAUCGAAGACAUCUCGUGUCUGCCCGAGGUUGAGCUGAACCAGAUCUGGCAAUGGAACCAGACCCCUCCCCUCUCCCGAGAUGAGUCUUCAGGAAGACUUCGUGCCGAUGCCACCAUCAAGCACGGUUCCAAGUAUCCCUCGGCAGUGGUGCCUUGGGUGGUCAAUGCCCGCAACCCAGCUCUGUUGUCGCCGAUCGGAUGCGUCGGAGAGCUCUGGCUCGAAGGUGCCUUCGUCACUGGCGAAACUGUCGACUCCCCAGCCUGGCUCGUUGCUGGAAGUCAAACCUGUCCUGGCCGCAGCGGUACAGUGCAAUCGACUGGAGACAUGGUACAGCUUCGUGAAGAUGGGUGUCUGGUCUUCGUUGGUCGCAAGGAAAAUGUUGUUUCUAUCCAGGGACACGCUCUCCCCGCCACAAUUCGUGCUGCCGCUGCUAUCCGCCAGUCACUGAAUGACACCGAAAAGACGGAGCCUGAGCUGGUCGUUCUGGUUGAAAAGCCGGCUUCCGACGAAGAGAGUGUUUCCAUCCUGCCCGCCACGCAGGAAAUAGAGGGCGAGUCUGCCACCACCCUCAGUGCUAAGAUUCCCGUCAGCGUCGCUGUCGUCCUCAAAAAGCUCGACAAGUUCAUCCGUGACUCGCUUCCAUCUUACAUGUCUCCAUCCGCAUACAUUGUGGUUGACAAGUUGCCUGCGCAGGGCGAACAAAGUGACCACACUCUGCUCAACGAGCUCGCCUCCAACAUUCCCCAAGAGACUCUAGCUGAACUCUGCAGGGGUAUCAAAGAGGCAUGGGCAAAGACCGCUGCUCAAACCAAUCUCACAGCUCCUGAGAGAAUCCUACGGUCUGCGUGGGCCAAGAUCCUCCGACUGCCGGAGGAUGAGAUUGACGUGGACGACAACUUCUUCCGCCUGGGUGGUGAUUCCGUGCUGGCAAUGAAGCUGGUUUCCAGCCUGCGCGUCCAGGGCCACAAUCUGUCGGUAGCAGAUAUCUUCCAGCACAUGCGUUUGGGUGAUGCGGCGCGCGUCUUAAAGGUCAAUCAGGCCUCUAAAGCUAAGCAAGCUCAGCCCUACAAGCCCUUCUCUACCCUCGGCCGCUCAGAUGUCGAGACGUUCCUGUCCCAGACCGUCCGUCCCCAACUCGCCGACUCCUCCUGGUCCAUCAAGGAUGUCCUACCUGUGACCGAUUCUCAAGCGCUGGAUAUCCGCGCGACCGUGCACGCCCCGCGCACCUCGAUCCAAUACACCAUGCUCACCUUCGAACAGGGGGCGAUCGAUGGCGGGCGACUGCUCCGCGCGUGCAGCGACCUCGUCAAGACCCACGACAUCCUGCGGACUGUCUUCGUCGAGCACGACUCAUGCUUCUAUCAGGUCGUGCUCCACGAGCUCGCGACGCCUCUGACCCAGCACACAGCCGACAAAGAAGACCUGCAACAAUACAUCAGCGAGCUGUGCAACACGCACAUCGAGUCGGACUUCCCACUAGGGUCAUCCUUCGUCCAAUUCUUCCACAUCACCGCCCUCGACGGCCGCGAAGCCCUCGUCCUCAGCCUCUCGCACGCGCAAUACGACGGCGAAUCCCUCCCGCAGCUGCUCCGCGACCUCGAAACGCUCUACACAGGCACCCAGCCCACAGAACACAUCCCCUUCCCCGCAUACAUGGCACACAUCACAGACCCAAAGACCCAAGCCCCAGCGCUAUCCUACUGGAAGAACCUCCUGCACGACUCCACACUAACAGUGCUCCCAACAUCCAGCGGCCCGAAACCCACAACCUCACAAUCCGUCUUCCACACGCAAGCACUAGAAGACCUGGACCUAACCACCCUGCAAGAAACAACAGCCACAACGACAGCCACGCUCCUGACGGCAUCCUGGGCGCUGACGCUAGCCCGCCUGCUCAAAACCGCCGACAUCACCUUCGGCGGCGUGACGACGGGCCGCACGCUCGACUUCCCGGGCAUCGAGUCCGUGGUCGGCCCCUGCUACCAGCUGACGCCGGUGCGCGUGCGCUUCCGCCGCGACUGGACGGCCGCGGACCUUCUGCGCGCCGUGCAGCGCCAGAGCGCCGAAUCCGCCGCCCAUGACUUCGUGGGCUUCAACAGGAUCGCGCGCGACUGCGCCCCCGCCUGGCAUGGGGUGCAGUCGUUCGACUCGCUCGUUCAUCAUCAGGAUUUCGAGGACUUUGAUUCCAUGCCUUUCGCGGGAGGGCAGUGCGGCGUCGAUAUCCUCAACCCGCAUGGCGAUGCGGCGUAUCCGGUCAAGGUGGUUUCGUUUGUUAAGGCGGGGCGCUUGCAUCUUGGGGUUGUUGGGUCCGAGGAAGAGGAGGUCAAGAUGUUGUUGGGGUUGGUGGUUGAGACGGUUAAGGAGGUGGUGGGUUGUUGUGUUGAGGGUGGGAAGUCGUUGUUGGAUGAGGGGGUGUUUUAGGUUGCGUCAUUUGAUGACCGGAGCUUCGACUGUAUAGUCUGGUAAUGCGAUUGUGGUUAGAAGUAGGUAUGUUUAGAGAAUAG